CCGUUUGCAAAACAUCAAAAUGGCUGCGGCAGGGUUGCCAGCGAUUCCUCCGAAUCUAAAAGCGAUUCAACAUUAUAUGAAGACAGCUACAGAACAUGACAAAAGAGACCCUAUUGUCGCUUACUAUUGUCGGCUGUAUGCCAUGCAGAAAGGAAUGGAGAUUGAUAUGAAGUCCCCAGAUUGUCGGACUUUCCUGGUCACAAUGAUGGACUAUCUUGAAAAGGCCAAGAAGGAGCUGUAUGAGGCUGAUGCUAUACAGAGCGAGGUGGUUGGGCAGGCUCACAUGGAGAACUAUGCUCUCAAAGUCUUCCUGUUUGCUGACAAUGAGGACAGAGCUGCUAGAUUCAACAAAAAUGUAGUAAAGUCCUUCUACACCGCCGGUAUGUUGUUUGAUGUGCUCACAGUGUUUGGAGAGCUCUCGGAAGACAUUGAGAAGAACAAGAAGUAUGCCAAGUGGAAGGCUGCCUACAUCCAUCGAUGUCUGAAGAAUGGAGAGACACCGAUACCCGGCCCAAUGGCUGAAGAGGGUGAAGAAGACUUAGCUGCUGGUGGAGGAUCUCCCCAGCCAGGGACAUCGGGCAUGAGCACCUCCGGCAACAUGGAGAACAGUCUCUACACUCCGUCAUCGGGCUCCUUUGCCCCACCAACCACACCCCAGGACCCACCUCAGAACGCCUAUCAACCACCCCCGCAGAAUGCGUACCAGCCACCCCCUCAGCAGCCAGCGCCGACACAGUACAAUCAUCCUGUGGUACCCAACACAUGGACACCUGCCCCCAACCCAGCCGGUGUACAGCUUACGACAGAAGACUUCCAGAAAGCCAUGAAGUUAUGCAAGUACGCCAGCAGUGCUCUGCAGUACGAGGACAGCAAAACUGCUGUGGACAACCUACAGAAAGCUUUACAACUACUGACCACGGGUCACCAAAGCUAGUCAGCAUAGAGCCGCUCUUCUAGAACAUGUGAUACUAGGGACUAGCGUCAUAUUUCUACACACAGCUUCUUGUCCGAUUGUAAGGGGAUGCCACAUUGCAUGGGUUCAGAUAUCCCAGGACAGUGUUUCUUAGUGGAUUCUUGGAAAAAUUGUUUGGUUGUCACGAGAUAAACUGCUGGAAAUCAAACGUUUCAGCCUAGCAUGUAAUUGUUCCAGCCUAAAUAUGAUAUGUGUUGCAUGAGGUGCACCUAGCCUAACACGGCAUCAUAAGACUUUCAUUCCGUGUGUGAAUUCAGUUGAUUUUUUUAGGUAACCUGCAUCAUACAGUAUUUGGAAAGAAAAUCCUGCUAGCCUUCCUGGCCAAACCUUACCAUGUUCAGACAAGCCUCAAGGAAAAGUAGAUCAAAAAUUGGUUUGAAGCCUACCUCUAUUCCAAAGUUUAUAUGUCUAAUAUUGUCUAUGAUAGGGUGUCAGUUUUGCAAAGGAUGAAGUUAAGCUGUAAAUUAAAGCCUGAAUUUGGCUAACAGUGUACACCCAUUCUAUUAUUGUUUGGCAUGACCCAAUAGCUGUCGGCCAGCUGUAAUGGAGUUUAUUGCCUUUCUUGACUGAAGACAUCCUCUGGGACCUGUACUGUAAGUUGGUCAUAGUGCUGUGACUGACAAAACUCUCAUCCAUCAACAUAGAACAGUCGAGCACUUUUUGUAGAACCUAACCCUGGGCCUAAGACGACUGUUUCUCAAUACUUUAACUUAGCGUUCCACUGUGGCAGUACUAAGAUGGUAGUUGUGGGUGCAGGACCCAGGGCCUAAGACGACUGUUUCUCCCAUACUUUAACAUAGACUUUCCACUGUGGCAGUGCUAAGAUGGUUGAUGUGGGACAGGGCCCUGGGCCUAAGACUACUGUUUCUCCCUACUUCAACUCAGCAUUUCACUGUGGCAGUGCUAAGAUGGUAGUUGUGGGUGCAGGACCCUGGGCCUAAGACUACUGUUUCUCCCUACUUCAACUCAGCAUUUCACUGUGGCAGUGCUAAGAUGGUAGUUGUGAGUGCAGGACCCUGGGCCUAAGACGACUGUUUCUCAAUACUUUAACUUAGCGUUCCACUGUGGCAGUACUAAGAUGGUAGUUGUGGGUGCAGGACCCAGGGCCUAAGACGACUGUUUCUCCCAUACUUUAACAUAGACUUUCCACUGUGGCAGUGCUAAGAUGGUUGAUGUGGGACAGGGCCCUGGGCCUAAGACUACUGUUUCUCCCUACUUCAACUCAGCAUUUCACUGUGGCAGUGCUAAGAUGGUAGUUGUGGGUGCAGGACACUGGGCCUAAAAACUACUGUUUCUCCCUACUUCAACUCAGCAUUUCACUGUGGCAGUGCUAAGAUGGUAGUUGUGGGUGCAGGACCCUGGUUCUAAGACGACUGUUUCUCAAUACUUUAACUUAGCGUUCCACUGUGGCAGUACUAAGAUGGUAGUUGUGGGUGCAGGACCCAGGGCCUAAGACGACUGUUUCUCCCAUACUUUAACAUAGACUUUCCACUGUGGCAGUGCUAAGAUGGUUGAUGUGGGACAGGGCCCUGGGCCUAAGACUACUGUUUCUCCCUACUUCAACUCAGCGUUUCACUAUUGUAGUGCUAAGAUGGUAGUUGUGGGUGCAGGACCCAGGGCCUAAGACGACUGUUUCUCCCAUACUUUAACAUAGACUUUCCACUGUGGCAGUGCUAAGAUGGUAGAUGUGGGACAGGGCCCUGGGCCUAAGACUAUUGUUUCUCCCUACUUCACCUCAGCGUUUCACUGUGGCAGUGCUAAGAUGGUAGUUGUGGGUGCAGGACACUGGGCCUAAGACUACUGUUUCUCCCUACUUCAACUCAGCAUUUCACUGUGGCAGUGCUAAGAUGGUAGUUGUGGGUGCAGGACACUGGGCCUAAGACUCCUGUUUCUCCCUACUUCAACUCAGCGUUUCACUAUUGUAGUGCUAAGAUGGUAGUUGUGGGUGCAGGACCCAGGGUCUAAGACGACUGUUUCUCCCAUACUUUAACAUAGACUUUCCACUGUGGCAGUGCUAAGAUGGUAGAUGUGGGACAGGGCCCUGGGCCUAAGACUAUUGUUUCUCCCUACUUCACCUCAGCGUUUCACUGUGGCAGUGCUAAGAUGGUAGUUGUGGGUGCAGGACACUGGGCCUAAGACUACUGUUUCUCCCUACUUCAACUCAGCGUUUCACUGUGGCGGUGCUAAGAUGGUUGAUGUGGGACAGGGCCCUGGGCCUAAGACGACUGUUUCUCCCUACUUCAACUCAGCGUUUCACUGUGGCAGUGCUAAGAUGGUUGAUGUGGGACAGGGCCCUGGGCCUAAGACGACUGUUUCUCCCUACUUCAACUCAGCGUUUCACUGUGGCAGUGCUAAGAUGGUAGAAGUGGGACAGGGCCCUGGGCCUAAGACUACUGUUUCUCCCUACUUCAACUCAGCGUUUCACUGUGGCAGUGCUAAGAUGGUAGAAGUGGGACAGGGCCCUGGGCCUAAGACGACUGUUUCUCCCUACUUCAACUCAGCGUUUCACUGUGGCAGUGCUAAGAUGGUUGAUGUGGGACAGGGCCCUGGGCCUAAGACUACUGUUUCUCCCUACUUCAACUCAGCGUUUCACUGUGGCAGUGCUAAGAUGGUUGAUGUGGGACAGGGCCCUGGGCCUAAGACUACUGUUUCUCCCUACUUCAACUCAGCGUUUCACUGUGGCAGUGCUAAGAUGGUAGAAGUGGGACAGGGCCCUGGGCCUAAGACGACUGUUUCUCCCUACUUCAACUCAGCGUUUCACUGUGGCAGUGCUUAGAUGGUUGAUGUGGGACAGGGCCCUGGGCCUAAGACUACUGUUUCUCCCUACUUCAACUCAGCGUUUCACUGUGGCAGUGCUAAGAUGGUAGAAGUGGGACAGGGCCCUGGGCCUAAGACGACUGUUUCUCCCUACUUCAACUCAGCGUUUCACUGUGGCAGUGCUAAGAUGGUUGAUGUGGGACAGGGCCCUGGGCCUAAGACGACUGUUUCUCCCUACUUCAACUCAGCGUUUCACUGUGGCAGUGCUAAGAUGGUUGAUGUGGGACAGGGCCCUGGGCCUAAGACUACUGUUUCUCCCUACUUCAACUCAGCGUUUCACUGUGGCAGUGCUAAGAUGGUAGAAGUGGGACAGGGCCCUGGGCCUAAGACGACUGUUUCUCCCUACUUCAACUCAGCGUUUCACUGUGGCAGUGCUAAGAUGGUUGAUGUGGGACAGGGCCCUGGGCCUAAGACUACUGUUUCUCCCUACUUCAACUCAGCGUUUCACUGUGGCAGUGCUAAGAUGGUAGAUGUGGGACAGCGCCCUGGGCCUAAGACGACUGUUUCUCCCUACUUCAACUCAGCGUUUCACUGUGGCAGUGCUAAGAUGGUUGAUGUGGGACAGGGCCCUGGGCCUUAGACUACUGUUUCUCCCUACUUCAACUCAGCGUUUCACUGUGGCAGUACUAAGAUGGUGGUUGUGGGACAGGGCCCUGGGCCUUAGACUACUGUUUCUCCCUACUUCAACUCAGCGUUUCACUGUGGCAGUACUAAGAUGGUAGUUGUGGGUGCAGGACCCUGGGCCUAAGACUACUGUUUCUCCCUACUUCAACUCAGCGUUUCACUGUGGCAGUACUAAGAUGGUAGUUGUGGGUGCAGGACCCUGGGCCUAAGACUACUGUUUCUCCCUACUUCAACUCAGCGUUUCACUGUGGCAGUGCUAAGAUGGUAGAAGUGGGACAGGGCCCUGGGCCUAAGACGACUGUUUCUCCCUACUUCAACUCAGCGUUUCACUGUGGCAGUGCUAAGAUGGUUGAUGUGGGACAGGGCCCUGGGCCUAAGACUACUGUUUCUCCCUACUUCAACUCAGCGUUUCACUGUGGCAGUGCUAAGAUGGUAGAUGUGGGACAGCGCCCUGGGCCUAAGACGACUGUUUCUCCCUACUUCAACUCAGCGUUUCACUGUGGCAGUGCUAAGAUGGUUGAUGUGGGACAGGGCCCUGGGCCUUAGACUACUGUUUCUCCCUACUUCAACUCAGCGUUUCACUGUGGCAGUACUAAGAUGGUGGUUGUGGGACAGGGCCCUGGGCCUUAGACUACUGUUUCUCCCUACUUCAACUCAGCGUUUCACUGUGGCAGUACUAAGAUGGUAGUUGUGGGUGCAGGACCCUGGGCCUAAGACUACUGUUUCUCCCUACUUCAACUCAGCGUUUCACUGUGGCAGUACUAAGAUGGUAGUUGUGGGUGCAGGACCCUGGGCCUAAGACUACUGUUUCUCCCUACUUCAACUCAGCGUUUCACUGUGGCAGUGCUAAGAUGGUAGAAGUGGGACAGGGCCCUGGGCCUAAGACGACUGUUUCUCCCUACUUCAACUCAGCGUUUCACUGUGGCAGUGCUAAGAUGGUUGAUGUGGGACAGGGCCCUGGGCCUAAGACUACUGUUUCUCCCUACUUCAACUCAGCGUUUCACUGUGGCAGUGCUAAGAUGGUAGAUGUGGGACAGCGCCCUGGGCCUAAGACUACUGUUUCCCCCAUACUUUAACUUAGCAUUCCACUGCGGUAGUGCUAAGACUCCAAUACUCUAACUUAGACUUUCCACUUGUAUUGUGCUAAAAGAUUGCUUUUUGGAAUGGGACCCUUAUUGUUUUGGCUUUGCACCUGUUGAAUAGUUUAAGUAACUGUUAUGAGGUCUGAUGUAGAGAAUACAUCACACUUGUUUGAAGUCAUCUUUUGCCUUAUAUAGAUGUCGGUGACAAGGGAGUGGCAACAGAUCACUAAUGCUGUGUGGUAAUGUGAAACAAUCAUAUUCGUGUUACACUUAUAAAGUAUGUUGUUAAUAAUUCUAGAUAUCAAGCCAGGUUGAUGCUGUAUGGCCCGGGACAACACAGAUUUUGUUAAUACCGCAUUCAGCAAUACUCCAGCUAUAUGACAGUGGUCUGUAAAUAAUCGAGUGGAUCAGGCAAUCUCAGACUGUUGGUGAGUUGUGAUAGAAAGCUGUCUCUAUGGGAUUGUUUAUAUUUAAUCUCAAAUGUUUGAAUGAAAGGUUAUCUUUUUCAAA